GUUGUUGCUGGCUUGUGGGUGUCGAAGCAGUGUCGCGGCGCAAUGUUGGAAGUGGUUUCUGGGUAAACAAAAUUCGUUGAUAAGAUAUUCGCAAGAAGUUAAUCGCGAGUCGCGCGGCGUAUUUACCGUUGGCAAGCCAAAAAAACGUUUAGCAUCGAUUGCGGUUUAAAGCCAGGCUUCGAUUCCUGUGAGCCCGCGUGUGUGUGUGUGCGUUUGUGCCAACGGUGUGCCAAAAGGGCGCAGCAUCUUCGCUCUCCGCUGUAUCGCUAUCCCGUUCGCUAACGCGAGUUUUGCAACUCCGUUUACCGUUUAUUGUGUGUAAACAGCAGGUGAAAAUAAAACGCGAUAAGUCGGGAGAAAUAGAAGAAAGAAGGAGGAGAAAGAGCAGCACGAAGAAGAAGCAACUCCGCGCAGCCCAACAAAAAGUGACGCAUUAAAAAGGUUGCUAAUUACAAAAGGCGAGUCUCCACCACAUAGUAUCCAGGAAUGGAGCUGGAGCCGCGAGUGGCCAUACUGCAGGACCUGCGCCUGCAGACCUUCGACUCCAUUCGAUUCGCCUCCUACCGCACCGCCUCCAAGCUGCGCUACAUACAAAAGUCCACCAAUCUGCAUUUGGUGGACAUAUGGAAUGUGAUCGAGGCCUUCCGCGAGAAUGGGCUGAACACCCUGGAGCCGCAGAGCGAGGUGAGCGUGGCCAGGCUGGAAACCCUGGUCUCCUCCCUCUACCACAACCUUAACAAGCGCCUGCCCACCGCUCAGCAGGUGCCCGUGGACUCGAAGGCGGGUCUGCUGCUCAACUGGCUCUUGGCUGCGUACACAAGUGAUAACUCGGGCAAGAUUCGCGUGUUCUCCAUCAAAGUGGCCCUGGCCACCAUGUGCUCUGGCAAACUGGUGGACAAACUAAGAUACAUAUUCUCGCAGAUCUCGGAUGGCGCUGGACAGCUGGUGGCCUGGAAGCUGGGCGAGUUCCUGCGCGAAGUGCUGGCCCUGCCGGCGGCCGUGUACGAGUCGCCCACAUUCCACUACAAGGAGGGGCUCGAGGAGGAGAUCUUCCCGGCCGAGAACAAGGUGACGGUGAACGACUUUAUGGCCACGCUGAUGUCCGAGCCGGGGCCGUCCUGCCUCGUCUGGCUGCCGCUGGUGCACCGGCUGGCCACCGUGGAGACCAUUGUGCAUCCGACUGUCUGCUCUGUUUGCCACAAGGAAAACUUCACCGGGUUUCGUUAUCGCUGUCAGCGGUGUCACGCCUACCAGUUGUGUCAGGAGUGCUUCUGGCACGGCAAGACAUCGCUGAACCACCAGAACGAUCACGAGGUCAAGGAGUACUCGAGCUACAAGUCGCCCAGCAAACAGAUCGGUCACUCGCUGCGCAAGAGCUUCCGCUGUGUGCCCGAGAAGACGGUGCAGGUGCUCCCCCGCUUCCCCGACCAGCCGGAGAAGACGCUCAACCUGUCGCACAUCGUGCCGCCCUCGCCGCUGCCCUCGCACAACGGCUUCUCGGACCCCUCGGGCCUCGUACAUGGCCACCACGGCCCCCAUCCGGGUCUUCCGGGCCAGCACGGCCUUUUCGAUCGCUCCAGCACGCUCGACUCGCGGGCCACAGGCCGCAGUCUGGACAGCGCCAGCGGCACUGCCGGCACUACCAUGUCUCGCGUGGCCGCCGCAUCUGCCAACGACGAGGAGCACCGCCUGAUUGCCCGCUAUGCCGCCAGAUUGGCCCAGGAAAACCGAGCGCCAUCCAACUUGCCCGACAAUGCCACACCAAUAGGCACAGAUAACUCGCGAGCCCAACGCGAGCUUAUUGCCCAACUGGAGUCCAAGAACAAGGAGAUAAUGCGCGAGAUAGCGCGCCUGAGGCGUCAACAGGAGACGGAGCAAAUGGCCCCCGAGAAUCCGGCGCUAAUCAAUGAACUGCGUGCUCUAAGGCAGCGGAAAGGAGAACUAGAGGGUCACCUGGGUGCCCUGCAGGAUUCGCGACGACAGCUAAUGGAGCAACUGGAGGGACUGAUGCGAAUGCUGAAGAACCAGCAGACAGCAUCGCCUCGCUCCACGCCCAACUCGAGUCCUCGUUCCGGCAAAUCCCCACCAAUGCCCGGAGGAGCUGGCAUCCUGGGCACCUCCCCCAUGAGUGCGCUGCACGCACAGCAGAUGCAGCAACAUCCGAUGGCAGGAGGAGUCAGGGCCAGCCAGCAGCAACUCCUUCAACAGCAACAGCAGCAGCAGGCUCAUGGCCACGGGCCAUUCAGCCAGAGUCAGCUGGAGCAGCUCAACCAGAUUAGCAGCGAUAUGCGCAGCGCCUUCGCCGCCAACGGAAGUGCAACGCCACCGCCAAUGCGCACCACCACUGCCACUGCCACUGCCAAUGUCAGUGCCAUUCCCAGCCUCAAUCCGAUUCCGAAUCAGAAUCCGAAUCAGAGUAUGAAUCCGAAUCUGAAUCCCGACGCGGAGCUCAAUGAGGCUGCCGAUCAUCUAACGUCGGCCAUUUCCCACAUGGUCAGCGACCUGAACGCAGGACGGGGAAGGGCUCAUCUGGGUCCCCAGCCGGCGAGCUCCCUGCCGCAGGCUCGCUUCAUCAUGCCACUGGAAUUCCGACACAUCGAGGGUGGCGAGUCCGCGGACUCGAGUCAGUGCGAGUGCAACGAUUGCGAGUGCGGGGAGUACGAGGAGGUGUUCCGCACCGACGAGGAUCUCGAGUGCGAGGGAGCUGCAGCUCCAUUCGGGGAUCCAUACACCAGGUACCCCGUACUGGGUACUGGCGUUCAGGAGGAGGACCACUUUGAUUACACCUUCGGGCAGGGCGAGGAGCUGUCCCAGGUGAACCGCAUCCUGGGCUACCGCAACCACCCGGAGCUGUUCAUCGACGAUGACCAGGCCGGUUUCCCGGCGCUGCACGAGAUCGGUGAGACAAUCGAUGAACUGCAGCUGAUCAUGCACGCUUAUAUCAUGAAGUAUAGUCUGAAUUUAUAAAGUGUUCGUCGUAGGUUAUAUACUCUGCGAUCAGAUUUCGACGAAUCUCAAUCGUAUAACCAAGAGUGGAAUGAAAAG